GGCGGGGAGCGCGGAAGGCGGCCCUCACAUGGUCGCGCUCGCUGCUUCUCCUUCCGGGAGGUAGGAGAGACUGGACGACUGACAGUCGUCGGCAAUGGCGCCUGCGCCGAGGCCCCACCCGGUUCGGUUCUGGAGAGGAAAAAGCGCAGGCGACGCUGGAGGGGGUGUCGAGGAAUUCAUUCGUAUGGGCGAAAGGUCGAUCGAGAUGGAGUCAGGAGUGCGGAAUGUCGGCCCUGCGUGGGCGUCUUAGAUCUGUGGAGGACUGCGGAUCGCGCUGCGGCAGCAGUGAGAUUGGGGCCGAUGUCUGAUGUAGAGUAGAGCAAAGGCGGGAGGGUUCGAUUCGCAGGAAGAUUGGAACGAUGGGAUUGAUGAGUAGGAGUUUCAGAAUCGGGGUUGUGGUGUCGAUAGUUGUAGCGGGAUGGAUACUGGGAAGUGGAUUGGUGUGGCUGCUGACACCCGUGCCCAAUGGUUGCAACAUGACUUUUAUGUAUCCUACGUAUAUCCCGAUCAGUCCUCCGCUGAACAUGACUUCCAAUAGGUAUGCCAUUUACUUGUACCACGAAGGAUGGAAGAAAAUCGAUAAUGAGCUGCACCUGCUGAAGCUCUCUGGAGUGCCUGUACUUUUUAUUCCUGGUAACGGCGGCAGCUACAAACAGGUGCGCUCCAUCGCAGCAGAAUCGGAUAGAGCAUAUUAUGGAGGUCCAUUCGAGGAAAGCUUUUUCCAACAAGCUGGAUUUACUUCUCAAGAAGCUGGCUCUAGUUCUCUAGGAGGUCUCAGAAAGGAUGUUUUGUACACAGCCCAAGAGCAGUACGCCAACAAAUUAGAUUGGUUCACUGUCGAUUUGGAGGGUGAGCACUCCGCAAUGGACGGGAGGAUACUGGAAGAACACACAGAUUAUGUGGUGCAAGCAAUCAACAGGAUUCUCGAUCGGUAUAAGGAGUCUAUGGAAGCGAGAUCCAUACAGACUAAGGAUACUGGUGAAUUUUUACCUAAGAGUGUGAUUCUGGUUGGUCACUCUAUGGGAGGUUUUGUUGCAAGAGCUGCCGUCGUGCACCCUCAACUAAGAAAGGGUGCCGUGGAAACUAUCGUUACCCUUUCUAGUCCCCACUUGUUGGCGCCUCUCCCGCUCCAGCCGUCUCUCGGGCACUUCUUCACUCGGGUCAACGACGCCUGGAGAAAAGGUUAUGAGACUCCACCUACAAGGACCGGUAGGAAGCGCAAUACAGAACCUCCACUGGGUCGAGUUGUGGUGGUAUCAGUCUUUGGUGGAACCCAAGAUUAUCAGGUCCGUUCCAGGUUUGCCUCACUCGAGGGAAUAGUCCCACCAACUCAUGGGCUUACUAUCGGAGCUCCAGGAAUGUUGAACGUUUGGCUUUCCAUGGAGCACCAAAGCAUUCUUUGGUGCAAUCAACUGGUGGUUCAGGUGGCUCAUACCCUUCUUCAGCUCGUUGACAAGAAGACAGGACAACCAUUUGAUCAUCCGCAAAUGCGGCUUGCAGUGUUCGUUGCCAAAUUGAGGAGCGCGCUGCCUCAGGUUUUUGGGUGGUUACCGAGUUCUAGCUCGCAACUACUCGAUGGGCUUGACGAUACAAACGAGAACAGGGUUCAAACUACCGGAGAACAACGAAGACUAGUUGCCGAAGGUGGUAAGCUGGUCAAAGGGGAUGGAACGUCAAAGCUCACAGAAGGAGCGGAAAAUAUUGCUUUUUCAUGUCCCAAGUCUACUCGCUGGAUAGUUGAAAGCAAAGAGAAAGACCUUGAAGUUGAACAACCAACCGUUACAGUGCUUGCAAUGGAUGGAAGACGGAGGUGGAUGGAUAUACAAAGAAUGGCAGCAAAGGGUAAAUCUUGGUUUACGUUGGUUACAAACCUGGCACCAUGUACUGGAGUUAGGGUGCACCUAUGGCCAGAGAAAGCUAAGAAUGCAGAGGGUGAGAAAGCUCUGAAUCAAAGACUGUUGGAGGUCACUAUGAAGAUGGCCCAAAUUCCAGCUGGGCCUUCACAAGCACAGAUAGAGCCGGGCGGACAGACAGAGCAACCUCCACCUUCCGGAGUGCUUCAUUUGAGCGCUCUAGACCUGCAGGGGUUUCGCUAUCUCACUAUUUCUGUUGCACCUCGUCCGACGGUUUCAGGACGCCCACCUCCAGCAGCUUCCAUGGCCGUGGGACAAUUCUACAAUCCAAAAGAUGGCAAAACCGUUUUUUCUCCCUGGUGGCUUUUAUCUUCGACAUACAAACAGCAGGGAUUGAUUAUCAAGGAAAAUCAUCCUAUUGUUGCUGAUUUUUCGAUGGCUGUCAGCCUGGGUACACUACCAAUGUCGCUGGAAAUCAACACAACAAGUUGUGGCUCGACAGACUCAGUUUUAGCGAAAUCCAAGCCGACUGAGAGUGAACUCAUGAGUUUAUGCAAGUUACGUUGUUUUCCACCUGUUGUUCUCGUUUGGGAUCCUCCUUCAGGUUUAGAAGUUUUUCCCAAUCUUUAUCACGAAACUAUCUCGGUAGACUCAUCGCCAGCUAUUUGGGGAUCCAGAUAUGGAUCAGAAAAAACAACCGUGCUUCUUCUGGUUGACCCUCAUUGUGAAUAUCGUGUGAGCAUGAAAGUUUCACUUUUUGCUGCUGCAAGCAGGUUCCUUCUCAUGCAUUCCCUGCAGGUUGCUGCAGUCACUGUAGCAGUCUUAUUUUUUGCGAUGAUGAGGCAGGCGCGGGCAUGGGAGUUAGACGCUCCAGUUCCAUCUGUGCUAAAUUGCGUAGAGUCCAACAUGAUGUUUCCCUUUCCCUUCAUAACCUUCGCACUGGGCCCACUUGCAGUCUAUGUGAUGUUGACUGUGUUUGGGACUCACGUGGUACCGCCAUUGCUGAGUUUUGUUGCCGUUUCGAGUUUCUGCUAUAUUUUUGCCAACGGGGCGAUUGCAGUCCUAGCCAUAUGCAGCAUGACAGUUUUCUAUACAGCUGCUUCCCUUCAGGUUUUUCUGAAGAUCAGGUGGCAAAGUUGGGAAGGCAGGUGGCACACUCGAGGAUUAAGAUGGUUGCUUACCUGCAUGUCUGGGUGUUCAACGUUGCAGGUUGUCCGAACAGUUAGAGCCAAACCAACCUUGACUGUGGCAGUCGUGGCCACUGUCUUGGUUUAUCUCGUACAUCCUGCUCUUGGGCUGAUAAUUCUACUUCUUGCACAUGCAUGGAGUUGCCAUGGUGCACUCUGUAGGUAUAGUCUCAGCCACAGGCAGCAGAAAAAUCUUCCAAGGCCAUCGAAGAGAGGUAAUUCGCCUGGAAAAGGCGUAGAAGGCUGGAAAGGUCAAGUUGACGGUUUUCCCAGUCUAGAGUCUUCCGGAACCACUUUUGGAGAAACUCAGUUAGAAGUGUUUCAUCAACGUCAAGGCUUGCUAUUGCUGCACCUCUUGGCAACCAUUAUGUUCAUGCCUUCUCUAGUCGCUUGGAUACAGAGGCCCGGAAUGGAUAGAACGUUGCCAUCCUUUGUCGAUUCUUUCCUUUCUUUCGGUCUAAUACUUCAUGGACUAUACGCAAGCAAUUCGGACGCUAAUAUUAGCCUCUUUUCGAAACUACGAUUAACUGGGCUGCCCUUGGAAUAUGCUGGACUAAGCGUCUUCUACGCCGUAGCUGGUAUAUAUUGCUACAUCUCAGGUCUUGCCCUUGCUCCGUAUAGGGCGUUUCAUGCCAUGGCAGUGAUCGGCUACAUAACAACAGUAUACCGACUACGGGAAAAGGGUGUGAGGGGAAAAGGUGAACUCGGUGUCAGGAGACGGCAUUAUCACAGACAUUGAUACUUACUGAAACAGAGGACUUCCUUUAGACAAAUGAGACCUGUUAGUUGGGUCCAUUACCAAUCAGAGUUCAGUUAUGCUUCAUCGUUUAAGACUCAGGAAUCCACCAACAAAGCAGGAUCAAUACUUUAUAUCGGGGUUAUGCUGGUACCAUUCGCACCUCCCUGUAUCCUGAGUAGCUCUCAUCCGGGUGGACCGCCAGAAUUUGUUCGGCUGCGUAGCCGAUACCCUGCAGUGUCCAGCUUCAUAUUCCGUUUGAGGAUAUGAAUUCGGAUCAGAAUGUGUCACUCUCCUAGUUGUGUCCUAAGAAUUUCCCGUUGGGAAGGAGGAUUACGAGGAGCAAUUACAUAGUCCAGAUGACAAAUCUAGAGAAUAUGCGAGUUGGAACCACGUGGAUGACGUUCUAUCAGUCAAGAUUACUUCUAGAGCUUCCAGCUUGCCUUCCCUUAACAAUUUGGACAGUCUUGAACGAGAUACGCAACGCAGCAGUGACCUGAAGCAUACUGCUACUUGGUAGCGACCUGAGAAGCCAGAACCGAAGAGCUGUUCCUUGUAUGUUCCAAUAUGUACGUGCGUUAUCUCUGCUUAGACAUGUUUGCUUCCUAUUGUCGCAAACCAGGAGGUGACGUAUGUUGACAAGAAAUUACUCCUCGGUUCCAGUCUCAAAUCUGACUGAGUGGAUGACAAGGCAAAGAGAGGAGAGAGGACUUAGGGAGGAAGAGAGUGUGAAGGUUCGUAGUUUACCUUCAUCGAGGCCAAGACAGGUCAAGGAGGUUAUAUCUCCGAAGCCAUUUUUCGUACUUGUCAGGUCUAGAAUCUGUGUAGAGUUCACUAGAUUGUCCUCGUGAAUUUAUUUGAGCCUUCAUUGUGUUCUGUAAUUUAAUUAGUCCAUUCAUAGCAUUUGAUCGACAUUCAUAUUGCACACUGUUGAUUCUGUUCCCGUAAAUUGGCUGAGUUAAGAUAAUCAGAAUCAGGGUGCCAAUUUACACCCGC